CCGUCUUCGAUGACUCUGGCCUCGGUCUCACAAGCGGGAACUACGGGCGGCGACGACGAAUCAGAGCCUGAUCCUGAGAGCGGACCGGUCGUGGAGACGAGUUCGAGUAGAGACAGUUCAUCAGAUAUGGCUACAACUACCGAGGGUCAGACGAGCACGAGUGGUCAGAAAUCAUCUUCGGUUUCCGAAGUAGAACACAAUGCUGCUCUUCUUAGAGAUCUAGAGCAGGAUCAUCUUGUUCAGAAAUUAGAUGGGACGAUUCUAUGCGAGGGUGCGGGUUCCAGACGGAGAAGUUCUGUUGGCACGAUUCUAUGCGAAGGUGCUGGUAGUUCCAGACGGAGAAGCUCUGCUGGUAGCCCAAACCUGAUUGCUCGAGGAAACGUUUCGAGUAACGCUGCUGGUGCGCCUUUAUUUGGCCCUUUGGCCGAAGACCCGAAAAGCUCUCCCUUCUCUGGCCCCUUCUGUCUGUGGGGUUCAGGCGAGGACUUCUUCGACGAUGCUUGGGACGAGGAGGAUCAAGAAUACUGCACACCAAGCUUUGUCGCCGAAAAAUCUUCAACAGAAUCGGCAGUCUCGUCUAAAUCGGCAGUCUCGUCUUCCAGACGAAAGGGUAGUUCUUGCUUCAGUCUUUCUAGUUUGCGUGAGGCCUUACCGGUGCUACCCGAAGAACAAGGGAUGUCGAACUGUAGUUCUUCAGCAUUUGGAAAUGCUACUGGUGAACAAGAUGGUGGAGGUGAACAAGAUGAGCAAGAUGAAGAAGGAAUGUCAACAACAACACCCGGGGGAAGGUCAACAUCAACAGUUACAGUACCAUCUUGUUUGAGCCACUCUCCAUCAAAGGAUUUGACGAUUUCGACCCCAGAUCUGACUGUGUCUACGGACUCCUGUUGGACAACUGCUCCUGGCACAUCAUUGGUCUCCACUCCUAAGAACGGUUCUUCGCUGCCAACGUCGCCGUUCGGACCAGGGCGGUGGGCCACUAGCCUAUCUUUGUGCCUGCAAGACGACGAAAACAAGAUGAAAGGGAUCGAAGAUCUCGAUGCUUUUAAUUCCCUAUCGUCCAGCAAGGAAGAUGCGGAUCUUCAAGAUGAGCUGCUUUCUUCUGUCCUUUUCGGACAAGCGGGUCUGUGUUUGUCGCCAGGAGGAGAUGAAGAGGACGAGCAGGAUGAUAUUGUAGAGGGGCGACCGGCAGCACACGUGGGCGGAGAGUCUGGGUCUGGUGCUGGUACUAAAAAAGAUCUAGCACAACUUAGACUUAGUUCAGCUGAUGCCUCAUCACCUUCGCCUGCAGCUCUCGCACCAUGUUGUACAGUGAAUCCUUCAACCGUCAAAGAGCUGCGGAAAAUCACUUCAGCAAAAGAGGACGAAAAGCAACCGCAAGAACCAAAGAGUGGUACUAGACCUGCUACAGCUAAACCCAGAACAGUAGAUGAAAUACCGAAAAGUGCUAGUGAUUUGGGUCGCAAAGACGAGC